AUGGACCCAAAGAUCGCAAAGGCAUUGGAUAGUGGUCGUAGAGGUAUGCUCGACUUAAAGAGAAAGCGGGCAACUCGGUAUGCUGCAAAUUUUCCUGGAGCUACCCACAGAGCGUUACCACAGAGGCUGAACUUGAAUAAGCUUGGCAAGCGAAGGAAGUUGUAUGGAACCAAAAGCAAGCCCAUGAGCUGUGGACCUCGUUUUAGACGAUCCUUGCUUGCAUCUUAUUCAAAUUUUGCAAGGAGCAGUGUGCCACAGCGUCUGAUGUUUUAUCAGAAUGGUGAAUGGACUGAUUUUCCUCGGGAUCUUGUUGACUUGGUUAGGAAAGAUCUACAGGUGAAGAAGGCAGCUAUGAACAUCAAAUCACAAGGUGAACAUUAUUUGUUAGAUUUUUUGCAUAUGUUCCGUUUGGACUUGAAGACUGGCCUACAGCAACCUAUUGCUUGGAUUGAUGAAACUGGUAGUUGUUUCUUUCCCGAAAUUUAUGCUGAGGAGGAUGAUGAGCCAAGUUGGAACUGCCUGCCUGAAGGUGUGAAAGAUCUGGAACCCUGGGUUGAAGAUCAUUGUGGGUCGCAUGAGAUUAAACUGCACCUGGAAAUUGAAAUAAAUGGAGUGGGUCAAUCUGGGUUGAAUGAAUGUAGUGGGGAGUCAAAUGGUUUUGUAAAGAAAAUUCAGAUUGAUCACAUACCUGCCAAUAAUUGUGCUGGUAUGGAAGUUGAAAAUAGUUGCAACAGGAAACAUGGUCUAAAAGUUGAUGAAGAUGUUGAGGGCAAUGAAGAGAUGAAGAAUAAUUUAACUAGAACAACUGACACUGAAAAUGGAAAGUUGGAUUGUGAUACGGUGCAAAAUAUAUUUCUGAAAGGAGUGAGCACCUUUGAUGGUGUAGAAGUACUGGAUAUAUACCAAUGCUCAAGUAAUCUGAUGCAAGCUCGUUUGGAACUUUUUCAGAAGCAGGUAGAAAUUACUAAAGCAUUUCGUGGCGAUGCAAAUGUACGAUAUGCUUGGCUUGCUUCUUCAAAGGGGGAGCUUUCGACUAUAAUGAUGUAUGGGCUUGGUCAUUGUGGACUAGCGACAAACAAGUCCAUAUAUGGCACUGGUGUUCAUCUCACAGCAGCUAGCUUCUCUAACACCUGCAUGCUUAUCCGAGAAGGAAUGAACUUUUCAUUUGUUAACAGUGCAAGUUAUUGUGAUGUUGACGAAAACGGGGCACGACACAUGUUAUUCUGUCGUGUCAUAGUGGGAAAUAUGGAGUUACUUCACCCUGGAAGUAAACAAUUCCAUCCCGGUAGCAAGGACUUUGAUAGUGGAGUGGAUGAUCUUCAGGAUCCAAAACAUUACAUUGUCUGGAAUAUGAACAUGAAUACACACAUAUACCCAGAAUUUGUUGUAAGUUUCAAGGUCUCAUCGAAGAGUGAAGGGCAUCUGGUUGGGACUGAGAAUAAGCUUGGUGUUUCCGGGGUUGCGACAUCUUGCCAUGGACCUCAGGGCUUGAUGCAAUUGGAAUCGUCAGCAGUUGAUACAGGGAGUGAAAAUCAGCCAAAUUCCGAUUCUGGGAAGUCUCAUGGAAGCAAUGGUCAAAUGGUGUCAAAGUCUGGGAGAUAUCAGGGGGAAACCACAGCUACUGGUUCUACUCCUGAAAGAACCCCUAAAUCCCCUUGGAUGCCUUUCCCUAUGUUAUUUGCUGCUAUUGGAAAUGAAGUUCCUCCCAAAGAUAUGGAACAAAUUAAUAUUCAUUAUGACUUAUUCAGGGCAAAAAAGAUAUCCCGUGAUGAAUUUGUGAAAAAAUUGAGGUUGAUUGUGGGAGAUACUUUGUUGAGGUCUACGAUAACGGAGCUUCAAUGCAAGGUACAAUUCUACUUCUGCAGUUUAAACAUUGUCAAUGUAAUCUGGUCUCACAUCGACACUAACAUGCACAUUAAGAGUGAAUCAAUCUCAUGUAUCAAGUUCUUUCUUUAUCGUACAUGGGAAGGAGGAUUGGUCUCUAGUUUUCUGGUUACUCCCGGAAAUGAUUUCGUGGUGGUUGACUAA